CAAGAACGCUUGUCAGUGCUAAACGCGAUUCGCAAUAUCUUCUGAGUAUAAAAGAUAAAAAAAUUCAAAUUGUAUCUAAAAAAAAAAACAAAAACAAAAACAAUAGAAAUUUUUCUAAGAAACAUAAAAAAAAUCUGUAAAUUGUGAAGAAACUUAAGUUUUUUUUUUCAAAAUUUUACAAGAAUAAUAUUUUGUCAUUUUUGUUUUGUUCUUAAUUCACAUUAACAACAAUUUCGUGUGUUUGGUUUUCUUAUUUAUAUAAGUGUCAAAUACUAUAAACUAAAAAAAAGCUUUUUCCAAAUACCACAUAUUUCUAAAUUUAUAAGAAUUUUGAAACAAGUCAUUUUGUAAAAGUGUCAAGUAGAUUUGUUGUUAAAGUUCAUGGGUUUCAAAACAACCCCCAAAUCAAACUUGAAACUUUUAAACUAUUAUUCCUCUAUAAACAAAAACAUCUAAUAGAUGUUAAAAAUAAAUAAAUAAAAACAGCAAUUAGGAAGUGUUUUUGGAAUAUUUAUACAAAUCUGAGAGAAGCUUAAUUCCUUUUUUUUUUAAUAAAACCUCGUUGUGUGAAUUUGCAAACAAUACAACAAAAAAAAAAGAGCAGAUAACACCCCAAAACAGAGAUAGAAAAAAAUAUAUCAUGUCAUAUGAAUAAGUGUGUGAAGCAAUGAAAUAAAUAAAGAAGAAAAAAAAAAAAACAAUAAUAAUAAUAAUAAUAAAAAACAAGUUUUAUUUAAUAAAAAAUAUUUUCGGGUGAAUUUUUCCAGUGUUGUUUCCUGUGAUUGUAUUUGUGUCUAUCACAAUAUUAUAGUGAGUUGAAUGUUCAGUUCACUGAAAUCUGGAAAUAGCCAGCUAAAAUAAAAAUCCAUAAUGGUAAUUGGUUAAAAGUGUUGUUUAAUAAUUUUUCUUACUGUUAUUUUGUUGUUGUAUUUUAAAAUCAGCAAUUAUAAGCAAAAAUAUGUACAAAAUGUGUGUUGUUACACUUGCUGAAUAGGCCAAUCAAAAGAAAUUAUUUUCCUUUUUGUUGUUGUUGUUGUUAUUGAAUAAAGGUGUGGUGGGGAAAGUAACGGCAAAAGCUUAAUACUUUUUGAAAAAAAAGUGAAUACUAACAAAAUUUCUAUUAAAAAAAAAAGAAAAACAAAAACAACAACAAGUGCUGAACCGAAAACCGGGACGGAAGACGAGUUUGUUUAUUUAUUUCUUGUUCGUUAUUGUUUUUUCUUUUGCUGACGUGGAAUUCUUUUUUUACUUUCGAUUAUUUUAUCUUGAUAAAGCAGAACACAAAAGAGGACGAAUUUAAAGAACAAGGACGAAAAAAGAUAAACAAGCGUUAUUAACGCUCUUUUUUUGGAUAUAAUUUCACAAUCCAAACAAAAGUAAACAUCAAAUCUAACACAUAAAUAAAAACAAAUUUCGAAGGACGAGGCAGACCUAUAGUACAUCCUCAAACCUUCACAAAUGAACUAAUAUGACUGAGAGUCAAUUAUUUUCUAUGUCGGCUGAUUUCUUUGAUACCUCAUCGAACAGCAGCAAUCCGCUGAAGUUCGAUUUGUAUUCACUUGGUAGUGGCCUCAGUUCAAGCAGUAAUAGUCUUCUAUAUAGUGGUGGGGGUGGUGGCAGCAAUAGUCAUCUGGCCUUCAUCACCCAACCGACAAUAUCAAUAGCUCAGAGCAAUAGUAAUAAUUCCUAUAACUCCGGUACCAUCGGUUCAUCGAGUGCAACUGUCACCAGCAGCAACAGCACAUCGGUAGAUAGCGUUCGGGAAAGUUUAAUGCUUACUAACGCCAUAUCGAUUCCGCGAAGCAGCAGCAGUAUACACCACAACCAAUUACACCACCAUCCUUUGCACCAUCACCAUUUACAACCUAGAAUAAUGGCCGAUUUAUCAGAUAUAUGUUUGGACUCACUCGAAGCGCCAUCAUUGUCACCAACUCUCCUGCAGGAUGUGAGUUUGAGUGCAUCAGCUAUUAAUUCUCAUAAUGCAAGCUCAAAUGGAAAUCUGUUGUUUCCCAAUGAGUUGUCGCCACUAAGCAAUAGCAGUAGCAAUGGAGGUGGUGCUGGUAGCAACAACAGUAAUUCUGGAAAUGCAACAAAUUCACUUGGUUUUGAUGCCCACCAACCAACACCAAACUCGAAUACAAUGUGGAGUGAUAUUGGCAAUGCCAUUACUGCAACCAAAAACGAACCAUUUCCAACCGAGGACGAUUACAUAUUUCCAAUAGAUAAAUCGGAAAUACAAAAUGCUAGUUUUCCAGAUUAUUAUGAUGAGAAUAUAUUGGAAGAUCUUAAUAUUGAAGACUUAAUACCAACGAAUCAAGGAAGUUAUAUGCUAUCGCCAAAUGUCACUGGAUUCCAUCAGCUACAAAACUCAACUCAGUUGCACAGUCCACAACCAUCGCCAGCAGGUCCGCCACAACAAUUGUUGGAACAACAACAACAACAGCACCAACAACAAAGUCAAAAUCAAAAUAAUCAUCAACAGCAACAUCCAGUUCAUCAUCACCAACGGAUACAACAGCAACAAAAUUCCUUGGGAGUUCAUCUUCACCAUAAUAGUUUCGAUGAACGUCGACACAGCUCAGCUAGACAUCAUGGUUCCUCUAGUCCUUAUGAAAUUUAUCAUAGCACUCCAAAUAAACAAAUUAAUUCAAAUACAGCAUUCUCGCCAGGAAAUCAGGCGAGUCCAAAUUCACCACUCCUUUUGAAUUCAGUUACGCCCCCACCACCACAUGCCAACCGUUCUCAAUAUCAACAAAAUAUGGUCAAGUCUCGUAAUGUUCAGUUGCUGAAAAAGGAAUUUUCCAUGUCGCCAGAUCGAAAUAAUAGCAGUAGUCUUUUGGGUCAGUCAGUUCCUGCACCCUCACCAUCGCACAUUCUACUUUCCGGCACAGCAUUGAGUCCUGGCAGUAGUGGUUUUGGUUCCGCUCGCAAAACUUUGCUAAGCGAUACUUCAUCACGUUUGUCAUCUUCAGCUCCAACACAUUUGACGCAUUUUGGCAUAGAACAAAUUUGGGGUAGACGUGAACCACGACAGCAUUUAUUAUCCACUGGUUCGCUGGUCGAAGCAGAUUCAUACUCCUCCAUCAGUACUGGAAGUGUUUUAAGUCCAGAAGGAAAUGAUUUCUCUCAGGAUGACGAAGGGUAUUCCGAUGAUGACAGUGAUCACUAUGAAGAUUUGUCAAGCGAUGGUUCUGAUAACGAAGAUGAUCGUACUUCAACUCCAAAUCAAUUGUCUAGCAGUAAGGGUAAGGAGCGAUAUUUUUGGCAGUACAAUGUUCAAGCUAAAGGACCCAAAGGCAAACGUUUAGUAUUUCAAUCAAAGCUCGAAGAUCCACAUGUAUUGAAUGAGGUUACAGAUCCCGUGUUCAGCCCCAACUGUUCAGUUCGGGGCAUCAAGGUAUUUAAACAUAGCGGCAAAGCACGCAAAGGUGAUGGCAACGAUUUGACUCCAAAUCCAAGAAAACUACACAGCAUUGGAAGGGAGUUGGAUAAGCUGAGUAGAACUAUUAAUGAUAUGACACCUGUUAGUGAGUUGCCCUUCAAUGUGAGACCUAAAUCGAGGAAAGAGAAAAAUAAGCUGGCGUCAAGAGCAUGUCGACUUAAGAAAAAAGCUCAACAUGAAGCUAACAAGAUAAAACUUCAUGGACUUGAAAUUGAGCAUAAGAGACUUUUAAGUGGAAUCAACGACAUCAAACAAGUACUUGCCAUUAAAUAUCAAAACCAAGGUGAACCAACUGACGAACUAGAUGAACGUAUUGAGCAAAUCUACAAUGCUGCCAUAAAUUGCGAUGUUCUUCCAGCUGGUCUAAGGAUUGCAGGCGGAACAACGGACUUUGUCAACAAUGUUUUGGAUAAUGUUAAAAAAGGUAUUUCAAAUGGUGGUUUAGAGGAUCUACGCAACUCCUAGAAAUGAUUGAAAUCCAUUGGAGAGAAUGGUGACAAUUAUGAAGAAAAAGCUCUGAUUAAGAUAAAAGGAGUCGAAGAAAAGAGAGGCAAGCGGAUUAAUAAAAAUAAAUUAUAAAACAUAAAAAAACAUCUUAGAGCUGUGUAAAAAAAAAAAAUACAACUACAACAAAAUAUAAUACAUAAUUCGAUAAGUGUUUCAGUUUCUUCAG